UAAAAAAAAAAUCAAUUAAACAUAUAAAUGAUGGUGUUAGGAGGUAUACUGAUGGCGGGUGCAUCGCUUACAGCAAGUGUCCUAUUAAUACAAGUGGCUGUUUUACCUCUUGUGUUUAGAUAUAGCAAAUGUGUGCAGAGAAAAAUGGUUUUUACUAACUGCAUAAAUUAUCCAAGAAAUUUAGAUUAUAACAACCCAUCGAGCUGUAAUAUUAUAGGAGCGAGGAAUUUUACAGUGGAAUUUCAAUCGAAAAUUAACAAUUGUAAAAUAUGUUUGGGUGUAUGGCACAUUGUACCCUGCUCUCUCUUCAAGGAGUUAUUCGUGGUUAGAAAGCAUUUGGAUUCGAACGCGAGACUUCUAAAUGAACUGAGACAAACAAAGAAUACUGUAGUACUUUACUGUCACGGUAAUUGUAACCACAGAGCGUCCCCGCAUCGGUUGAAUUUGUACAAAGUUUUCCAAGAAUUAAACUUUCACGUCAUCACAUUUGAUUAUAGAGGUUACGGAGAUUCAACCUACGUGCAGCCGACAGAGCGCGGCGUGGUGGAGGACACGCUGCAUGUUUAUUCGUGGAUAUUAAGGUCCAUUAGUCGGACACAUAGACCUAUGGUUGUUAUUUGGGGUCAUUCAUUAGGUACUGCAGUGGCAGCGCAUCUGGUUGCCCAUUUGUCCCAGUUGUGUGGUAACAUGGGGCAUGGUACUAUGCCACAACCCAGCGCUCUCAUCUUAGAAGCACCUUUCAAUAACCUGAUUGAGGAAAUUGAGAGUCAUCCAUUUUCUAAAUUGGUGUCCUGGCUGCCGUAUUACAAGGCGACGUUCUUGAAGCCGUUUUCAGUGUCAUCAGAAUACGCGUUUACAACAGACCAGUACUUAAUGUUGGCACCACAAGUACCAAUACUUAUCCUGCACUCUAGGAGCGAUAGGAUCGUACCUUACGAGCUGGCUGUAAAGUUGUACAAUAGUACGGUAGCGAGCAGACGGGAAGCUAGCUCUCAGGCGCCGGUGGUACUGCACGGCUUUGAACGCGGCCAGGGUCUAGGACACAAUAACCUCUGUCAAGCGCCUGAUCUGCCGCACGUCGUCAGUAGUUUCCUGCAGACCGUCGAGAAGUAUGAACAACACAAGAAAUAAUUUAUUUCAUUAAAAAACAAACUAAA